AACUAGAAUAAACGACAGUGGCGUUCCUUGCGGGUACUUGAAGAAGUUUAAUGUUUCCAAGUUUGUUUGUCGUCUGCUUCACUGACAGCACGAAGGCUGACAAAAUAUAAUUUAAACCGAAACAUAUAAAAGUGUGUUUUAAAUAUUUAUUUUUAAGAAAGUUGUAAAAGUUUUAUAUAUAAUGAGUGUAGAAGAAGGGAAGAAAUUCGUAGACGUUAAGGUGCAGUGCUGUUUGGAAGAAAACCAAACUUUCGAGUUAUUACAAGAUAAUUUGAUGUCAGUACAUCUUCCGUCAAAAAGCUGGGGUUAUACAAGAGGAAAUAAAUUUUUUCUUGGUUUUGAGAAGGCUGAGAAAGAAGCAUUGAUUCGAAAAAGAAUUGUGGUAUUUCCCACUUUAAAAGUUAAAAUUUUUUUGGAUGACAAAGAAAUGGUAUUUUCACAGUUUAUAAAAUUAACGAGUAUAGACGAAUUAAAUAGACUUUUGAAAUGUAUAGAAAACAUUGAAUUAUAAAUUAAUAAUUGAAACGAAUUGUAUAUAAUAAUUACAAUGUAGUGGUAAGAACAUUAAUGUACUAAGAAUUUUCGACAUUUAUAUUAUUGUAUAUAUGUUGAAAGAAUGUGAUUUUUACAAAAGAA